AGCGCAUGUCUAAUAUCUCCUUGCAGCCACUAGACGCUCCUUACCACUGGCGAGUGUCUCGCUCUCCCUCUCCCCCAUCUUACAUGUGUAACGUUUAGUGAGCCGGACAGAGCCUUCUCCAGCGGCUGUGGACACUGCGGGGAGAAUACAGCAACCAUGGAUUGUUAAAACUCAAUCUCCAUAUUUUUCUCCCUUCUUUUUCCUCUCUCUCUAUCUCUUUUCCUCUUGCUCUCUCCGCGUGUCACCAUCCUCAAUGUCUCCCGACAGCUUUUAAUGCAACGAAAAUGAGGAUUACUUACUUACAGCUGAUCUUGGUAUUUGCUGGCUUUUGGGAAAUGGCAAUGGGGGCUUUUCCGAGCAGCGUUCAAAUCGGGGGACUCUUCAUCAGAAACACCGAUCAGGAAUACACAGCCUUUCGCCUGGCCAUCUUUCUGCACAACACCAGCCCCAAUGCUACCGAGGCCCCCUUUAACCUGGUGCCUCACGUAGACAACAUAGAGACAGCCAACAGCUUUGCCGUCACCAAUGCCUUCUGCUCUCAGUACUCCCGUGGCGUGUUCGCCAUCUUCGGCCUGUACGACAAGCGCUCGGUGCACACGCUGACGUCCUUCUGCAGCGCGCUGCACAUCUCGCUGAUUACGCCCAGCUUCCCCACGGAGGGGGACAGCCAGUUCGUGUUGCAGCUGCGGCCCUCCAUCCGCGGGGCGCUCCUCAGCCUGCUCGACCACUACGACUGGAACCGCUUCGUCUUCCUCUACGACACCGAUCGGGGAUAUGCCAUCCUGCAAGCGAUCAUGGAGAAAGCGGGGCAGAACAGCUGGCAGGUGAGCGCCAUCUGCGUGGAGAACUUCAACGACGCCAGCUACCGGCGUCUCCUUGAGGACCUCGACCGCCGGGAGGAGAAGAAGUUCGUCAUUGACCUGGAGGCAGAGAGGCUCCAGAACAUUCUCGAACAGGUCGUCAGUGUGGGCAAGCACGUGAAGAGCUACCAUUACAUCAUUGCCAAUCUGGGCUUCAAGGAUAUCUCCCUGGAGCGCUUCAUGCACGGCGGGGCCAACGUAACAGGCUUCCAGCUGGUGGACUUCAGCAAGCCCAUGGUCAUCAAGCUCAUGCAGCGCUGGAACAAGCUGGACCAGAGGGAGUACCCGGGAUCAGACAGCCCACCGAAGUACACUUCCUCUUUGACCUAUGAUGGAGUGCUGGUGAUGUCAGAGGCAUUCCGGAACCUCCGCCGGCAGAAGAUUGACAUCUCUCGGCGAGGGAACGCCGGGGACUGCCUGGCAAAUCCGGCAGCCCCUUGGAACCAGGGGAUUGAUAUGGAGCGCACCCUUAAACAGGUGCGCAUCCAAGGUCUGACGGGCAACAUUCAGUUUGACCACUACGGGCGCAGAGUCAACUACACCAUGGACGUGUUUGAGCUGAAGAGCAAUGGCCCACGGAAGAUUGGCUACUGGAACGACAACGACAAGCUGGUGCUGGUCCAGAACGAGCCGCUCUCGUCCAACGACAGCUCUGGCAUCGAGAACCGCACUGUCAUCGUGACCACCAUCAUGGAGGGGCCGUACGUGAUGCUGAAGAAGAACUGGGAGCUCUACGAGGGGAACGACCGCUACGAGGGCUACUGCGUGGACCUGGCCGCCGAGAUUGCCAAGCACAUCGGCAUCAAGUACAAGAUAGCCAUCGUUCCCGACGGGAAGUACGGAGCCAGGGACCCGGAGACGAAGAUCUGGAACGGAAUGGUUGGGGAGCUGGUGUAUGGGAGAGCCGAGAUUGCUGUGGCCCCACUGACCAUCACUCUUGUGCGUGAGGAGGUGAUCGACUUCUCUAAGCCCUUCAUGAGUCUGGGCAUCUCCAUCAUGAUCAAGAAGCCCCAGAAGUCCAAGCCCGGCGUCUUCUCCUUCCUGGACCCGCUGGCGUAUGAGAUCUGGAUGUGUAUCGUGUUCGCCUACAUCGGUGUGAGCGUGGUGCUGUUCCUGGUGAGCCGCUUCAGCCCCUACGAGUGGCACACGGAGGAGCCAGAGGAGGGCACAGAAGGAGGCGGAGGUGGAGGCGGAGGCGGGCCCACCGACCAGCCGCCGAACGAGUUUGGCAUCUUCAACAGCCUGUGGUUCUCCCUGGGGGCCUUCAUGCAGCAAGGCUGUGACAUCUCACCCAGGUCUCUCUCCGGCCGCAUCGUGGGAGGUGUGUGGUGGUUCUUCACGCUCAUCAUCAUCUCCUCCUACACGGCCAACCUGGCUGCCUUCCUCACCGUGGAGCGCAUGGUGUCGCCCAUCGAGAGCGCAGAGGACCUGGCCAAGCAGACGGAGAUCGCCUACGGCACACUGGACUCGGGAUCCACCAAAGAGUUCUUCCGGAGGUCAAAGAUUGCCGUCUAUGAGAAGAUGUGGAGCUUCAUGAAGUCGGCCGAGCCCACAGUGUUCGCCAAGACGACAGCCGAGGGCGUGGCGCGCGUGCGCAAGUCCAAAGGGAAGUAUGCCUUCCUGCUGGAGUCCACCAUGAACGAAUACACGGAGCAGCGGAAGCCGUGCGACACCAUGAAAGUCGGGGGCAACCUGGACUCCAAGGGCUACGGGGUGGCCACCCCCAAAGGCUCACAGUUAAGAAGCCCCGUAAACCUCGCAGUGUUGAAACUCAGUGAAGCAGGCGUCUUAGACAAACUGAAAAACAAAUGGUGGUACGAUAAGGGCGAGUGCGGACCAAAGGACUCGGGAAGUAAGGACAAGAGCUCCCAGGCCCUUAGCCUCAGCAACGUGGCUGGGGUCUUCUACAUCCUGGUGGGGGGCCUGGGUCUGGCAAUGUUGGUGGCGCUGGUUGAGUUCUGUUACAAGUCACGGGCCGAAGCCAAGAGAAUGAAGCUCACCUUCACGGAAGCCAUGAGAAACAAGGCCCGUUUAUCCAUCACGGGUAGCGUGGGGGAGAAUGGCCGUGUCCUGACUCCCGACUGCCCCAAGGCCGUACACUCUGGCCCGUCUCUCCGUCACAGCUCGGGAUUAGCUGUGGUGUCAUCGGACCUACCGUGAAAACCAAAAACACACCCUGUGCCUUAAAAAUGAACAAUAAAAAAAUCACUCACAUUAACAAUGACGCAACCAGAACUGAAGACAGCCAGCAAGAUAACAGAGACCCCGUGGGGGGAGGGGAAGGCAAUGAGGAGAGGAAAGCCUGAUAAAAAAAAAAAAACGACUAUCAAGCAGUUUAAAAUAUAUCAAUAUAUAAAUAUAUAUAUAAAUAUAUUGAUUCUCGUUGUGGCGUCGACUGCAGCAGAAGGGAUCAUACUGAGGUAUGACAGGUGUACAAGGAUUGUAACGCAGCACAGACUAGUGACACUACUGAGCAUAGUCUCAACAACGAACAGCUUCAAACUAGAGGACACUCGGGCGUUUUUCGGAUCUCGACAACCUGCGGUUAGUAGAGACGACGCAUUUUGGCUGAGCGGCCUAGUCUGUUCCGCUCUCAACGCCUUACCAAGAUCAACCUCGCUUCAGGACCACGCCUCUCAUCCAUAUCGCCACCAGUACACAGAGGACGCCAGUAGAAAUCAAUUUAGAAGACCAGAAAACUGUCAACUUGAAUCACAGACUGUGUAAAUCUGCUUUUUAUCACCAUUAACUGUUCGACUUGAACAACUUUAGCCUCUUCAGUUUUCCGUCUCGCCAAAUGAGUGGAGAAAUCAUUGAAGAAGAUGAUGGUAGCAACUCUCAUGGAAUUUGUUAACCAACACGGACAUCAGGGCAGCCAACACUGAACGUUUUUUUCUAGAAAGCAGAGGGGAAAAAUAGGCUAGUAUUUAUUUAAAAUGAUUCAUGACCAUAUGAGUAGCCUAACGCUAAAUAACAAAUAGAUAAUCACCCAAACAUGAGGAAUCCGUUAGUAAAUAAUGUACAUUCUGUGAAAAGUUCGACUGAAAAUAUCAUUCACACAAGUUUUACAGUGCCAGGUGAAAAAAAGAAUACAAAAUGCUUGCUUUUUAAACUGAUGUAUAUAACUCUGUAGCGAAAAACAGAACACACCUCUUUUUGUAACCAUCUUAAUAUUUCAUUGCAAAAAUGAAUAUAAGGAUGACUCGACUUGUAAUUAAGAUUAAAUCUUUUAUAAAUAUACAUAUUAUAUAUAAAUAAAUAGAUCUAUAUAAAUCUAAAGAGAUAUACAAGAAAAAAACGAGCACCAUCGUCUGAGGCCAUGGCAUAUGUUCUGUUAUGGGUUGUUUUGAUAACAAUAUAACACAGUCUGUAUGUGUCCUUGUCCUCACUGAAUGUGACACACACACACACACACACACGAACACACACACAGACAUACGCAGGCACAUACACACACCAACAUGCACACGCCGUCGUCACUGUACUGGACACUAGGCACACAUCUGAGGUUCAAAUCUUUGACCUUGGAUUUCCCAGCCUUGAGUCGUCAUGUUUUAUUUCAAUCGUUUGCGUUAUUUGUUUGUCUGUCUUUUUGUUUAUUUUCUUUCACUGUUUGUACCCACGAAUUUCGAAAAACAAAAAAAAUAAAUCUUAAAGCAUUUGUACAAUAGUCCCUACUUGUUCAUGUGUUAAGUGUUGAUUUGUUUCUGUUUCUUCACAAAGGAGAGGUGAUAUUUUGGCUCUAGUAGUGCAUUUCGUACUGAAACCAUAUAUUUUUUUGUUUAAUAAAUGAUUCAUGGCAUUUUUCUGCUCCCAAUCGGGAAAGUUAUUGCCUUGGUCCUUGUCAAAGCACUGUGCAAUCCCCUUAACGACUCUGUUCCCCCCCCCCCCCCCCCCAUGUGCACUUGAACUGUGCAAGACCAAAGGGUAAAGACAGAUGGAGUGAGCUAAAUCUAUCAAGACUUUUGCACAAAGGUUAGAUAAACUAGGCAUAUAGUCUAGUUCAACGCCAUGCUCAUCAUUCACUUGCAACUAAUCCUGUUGGUUCACUAUACUCAUUUUGAUUUGUUUCUAGUAAAAGAAAUCUGUUCAAAA